AAAACAGAACGUCAAAGCGAUUUCACUCUGGAGAAGGAUACAAUCUCCGCCGUCUGGAAAAAGCUCUUGAAGGCGGAGAAUAGAAGCUAAAGGAUCAAUUUCUCACUAGGGUUUUUGAAGCGAAGCAGAAAGAGAUCAAUUUUAACUGUAAAUUUUUAGAAAAUUUGAUGGGAAGGCAGAAGGGAGAAGGAAACAGAAGCAAGGCUCGUCCUUCAAGCAGCAGUCUAGCUGCAUCUCUUCUGCCAUCGGGUGCUUCAUCUGUUGGAUUUGGGGGUUAUGUAGGAAGCUCUAGGCUGGAAUUGGCUAUCUCUAGUGAAGAUCCUGGCUCAUUUCAGGACAUAGACAGUGAAGUAGCCCAAUAUCUGAGGAGGCUUUCAAGAAAAGACCCAACCACAAAGCUCAAAGCUUUGACGUCAUUAUGCGUAGUGUUUGAACAAAAGACAAGCAAGGAGAUAGUACCAAUUAUUCCUCAGUGGGCAUUUGAAUACAGGAAGCUGUUGCUUGAUUACAAUAGAGAAGUUCGGCGGGCUACCCAUGACACCAUGACUUCACUAGUUUCUGCUGUCGGGAGGGAUUUAGCACCACAUUUGAAAUCCAUCAUGGGGCCUUGGUGGUUUGCUCAGUUUGAUCCAGUUUCUGAAGUCUCUCAAGCUGCAAAACAUUCUUUGCAGACAGCAUUUCCAGCACAGAGGAGACUAGAUGCCAUUAUCAUGUGCACAACUGAGAUUUUGAUGUACUUGGAGGAAAACCUCAAUAUUACUCCACAAAGUAUGUCAGACAAGGUGGUUGCUUUGGAUGAGUUGGAAGAAAUGCAUCAGCAGGUGAUUUCGUCAUCUUUAUUGGCAUUGGCUACUUUUCUUGACGUCUUGAUGGAUCUGAAAUUGGAGGACAAUGUUGAAGGUAUGACUGGUGAGGCAAAGAAACGUAUGAAGGCUCAGCUUACAACAAAUUCUCUUGCCGAAAAGUUGUUUUCUGCUCACAAUUUCUUUCUAGAUUUUCUGAAGCAUCAAAACCCCAGUGUUCGAUCAGCUGCAUAUUCAGUUUUGAGGAGUUUCAUUAAAAAUGUUCCUCAUGCUAUUAACGAAGGUAAUAUGAAAGCUCUGGCCACAGCAAUUCUUGGUUCUUUCCAGGAAAAGAAUCCAGCUUGCCAUUCGUCAAUGUGGGAAACAAUGUUGCUGUUCUCCAAAUUAUUUCCCAACAGUUGGACUACCAUAAAUGUCCAGAAAAUUGUACUAAGCCGGUUCUGGAAUUUCCUUAGAAAUGGGUGUUUUGGAUCCCAGCAAGUUUCUUAUCCAGCUUUAGUACCCUUUUUAGGUUGUUUGCCUCUUAAGUCUAUAGGGGGUGAGAAGUUCUUCCUCGAGUUUUUUACCAGCUUAUGGUCUGGAAGGAAUUUUCUGAAUUCUUCACAUGCAGACAGACAUGCAUUUUCUCGGUCAUUAUCAGAGUGUUUCCUUUGGGUCAUGCAUAAUGCUUCUAGGUUUUUUGAAGGAGCUGAUAUUCAUCAAUUCCACGUUACUCUUAUUGAGAAGGUCCUUUUGAAGCUUUUAUGGUGUGAUUUCAUGCCUCUUGUCAGCUUGAAAACAGAGGACAAGCUCUCCCUUGGGCAACUCGGAAAGCCACGGGAGGGAAUAAUCAACACAUCGGAGACCAAUUGUCCAACAGGCUAUAUAGAAGAUUUAGGGAAAUGCAUAAUAAAUAUCCUCUCAGGAAUUUAUGUUUUGAAUCACGACCUUCUCUUGAAUUUCUGUUCUGAGUUCCAAGAGAAUUGCUUGAAUAUCUUGCAGCAAAGCACCACUUUAGAAUAUGCAGAGCUUGUUGGAAGGAUUAUCAAAUUCUUUACAUUAUUAGGGCAGCAUGAUGCUCUGAAAUGUGAAGAAUGGCCCUUGGUUCAAAUAGUGGGGCCCAUUCUUGUGAGGUCUUUCUCAUUAAUUAAAGAAAUUGACUCAGCAGAUGCUAUUGGACUUAUAACAACGUCUGUAUCAUUAUUUGGUCCCCGCAAGAUCAUUAGUGAACUUGUCCAAAAUGAAAGCAAUAUUUUUGGUGGCUUGUCUGUGAAGAAGAAUGGAGAGUUGGACUCUGGGGCCUUUCUAGACCUAUUUGAUCAGAUAUUUGUGCCCUGGUGCUUGCAAGGAAAGGGUCCCCCAGCUGUUGCACGAUUGGAUCUUUUAUUUGUAUUACUUGACAAUGAAUUUUUUUCUGAACAAUGGAACUGUAUCAUCAGAUUUGCAGCCAAGUCAGAACAUCUUGAAUCUCGGUCUGAUCCAGAGAAUGAUCACAUAUCAAUUUUGGCAAUGCUAAUGGAGAAAGCAAGAGUAGAACUUAAGAGAAGAGGUUCACAGUCUGUGCAACAGCAAGGAUCUCUCCCAGACCACUGGUAUCAUGAGCUUUUAGAUAUCUCUGCUGUUUCCAUUGCACGUGGUAUUCCUCCCAUUGAAAGCUCUGAUUCCCGAUAUCUAUGGUCUGUCCUUGGUGGUCUAACAGAAGAUCAAACUUCAUUUGUGUCCAGAGACACAAAAAUACUUGUAUAUGAAGAAAUAUACAGGAAAUUACUGAAUUUCAUGGAGGAUUCUACUUUUAGCUGGACCCGAUAUUCACAUUCUUCAUUAGUAAAAAAUAGUGAUUCCAUCUCGAAAGUUGAACCUUCUAAAGAUGCUCUUGAAAUGGCUUAUUUUGCCCUUGAAGUACUUAAUGGCAGCUUCUUUGUCUUGAAAACUAUAGGAGACAGGGUAGAAUUAGUUUCAGGCAUCUUGGCAGUGAUUUUUCUGCUCAGUUGGGAAUACAAGGCAGCAGAAGAAUUUCAUGAUGCAAUUGAGGGUGAAACAUGUAGCAAACUGAAGGAAAGGAUGGAUUUUUGUGCCUCUGUGCACAAUUUUCAUGGAAAGAUAAACAGUCAGGUUUACAGAAGCCUCAGCACGAGCAUACGGAAAGAUCUAGCAAGUAUUUUGGCCGAGUCUAUGAGGUUUGCAAUUUUCAAAGAGGAUAAACUAGACACCAGCAAACUUGCAUCUUUGUGCUGCCUUUGGAUGACCGAGGCUCUUGAACGCCUAUGUAUGGACCUGACAGAGGAGCAGAAAUUUCUAGACCAAUUCCUUAGCAAGGAUGAUUCGUGGCCCCUAUGGGUUUCUCCAGAUAUUAAAUUGGGGAAAAGGUCAGCCACUGUAAAUGUGGAAAGUGUCUCAAUAGAGGGAUGUAGAAAGAACAUGAUGAUAGAAGUUAUUGAUAAGCUUCUCUCUGAAGUUGGAAUCAACACAGUAAUUGUUGGUGCUAGUUCAGGAGUUCAAUUGCCGUCAGAAACUUCUUACUCUCGAGCUUGGCUUGCUGCUGAAAUGUUAUGCACAUGGAAAUGGCAAGGAGGUAGUGCAUUGAGUUCCUUUCUACCUCUGCUCACUGCAUAUGGGAAGAGCGGGAAUCAUUCCAACGAAGAUAUUUUGUUAGAUGAUGUUGUUAGCAUUUUGCUCGAUGGCGCUCUUGUCCAUGUAGUAAGUGGUGAAGUUUGUCUUAACACUGUAUUUCCUAUUUCAAUUGAUGAAAUAAGAAAUGUUGAGGAACCUUUCCUAAGAGCUCUUGCAUCGUUAGUGUUCGCUCUUUUCAAAGAGAAUAUAUGGGGAAAGUUCAAAGCUAUGUCAUUGUUUAAAGUACUUGUGAGCAAAAUUUUUAUGGGUGAUCAAGUUAACUUUAGUUGUUUGAAGAUCCUCUCCCUUAUCAUGGGACAACUUAUCAGGCCAUUGAGCAUCAGAUGCAGUGAAGAAAGUGAAAAGAGUGAAUUGGACUGUUCUUUGGAGACUCUGCUGAGUGAUAAUAUUAAGGAAUGGCUGCAGAGAACUAUGUUAUUCCCACCACUAAGUUCAUGGACAACAGGAGAAGAUAUGGAAGAUUGGUUUCACUUGGUAUUGUCAUGUUACCCUGUAAUGGUUGAGGGACAAAGGCUGAAGCCUGGAAGAGAUAUUAGUCAAGUUGAGAAAGAGCUCUUGCUUGGUCUGUUCCGCAAGCAGAGAGAUGGCAGCCACACAUCUGUCACUUCUAAUAAACUGCCUGUGGUGCAGAUUUUGUUAUCUGAAUUGAUAACAAUCUCUCUUGGGUAUUGCUGGAAGGAAUUGAAUGAAAAAGACUGGGAUUUUGUAGUGUAUCAACUAAGACGGUGGACCGAGUCUGCAGUUGUUACAAUGGAGGAAGUAGCGGAGAAAGUGGAUGAGGUCAUAACAAAUGGAUGUGAAGGCUUGGAAAUUUCUUUAAAUAAGCUUGUGCUUCUUGAUUCAAAUUUAGAACCUUCUAUUAAGACUGCCACCAAUGCCCUUGCUGCGUUUUCACAAUUUGUUGUACUUGUUGAAUUGGACGAUGAAGAAAUUUCAGAUUAUGCAUGCCCUCUCAAAGCUGACAAAUGGAAUUUCAUCAAGGAUAAGAUUCUUGAAGGUGUUCUUCGCUUGUUCUUUUCCACCGGUGUUGCUGAGGCUAUUGCAAAUUCUCAUUCCCAUGAUGCUGCUUCUAUUGUAUCAUCAUCCAGGCUCAAGGCUUCUCACUUUUGGGAGUUAGUUGCUUUAAAUGCUGUCAGAUCGUCUGUUUAUGCAAGAGAAAAAGCAAUGAAAUCUAUUGAACUAUGGGGGUUAAGUAAAGGGGCCAUGAAUUCUUUGUAUGCAAUUUUGUUUUCGAACGAAUCUAUCCCUGCUUUGAAGCGGGCAGCUUAUCUUUUUCUUUCUACUGAGCCUGCAUCAAAGUUUUCCGUCAUCAAUGAAGCUACAACAACACCUCAGCUGGAUGAAGACAUUUCAGAUCCUGCUGAUCAGUCGCAUGAAGGGAAUAUUAGUUUGAGAGAGGAAAUUGCUUUUAUGAUUGAAAAGUUACCAUGUGAGAUUCUUGAAGCUGAGCUGUUGGCGUUAGAGAGUGUGAAUAUUUUUCUUGCAUGGUCAUUGUUACUGUCGCAUCUAAAUUCCCUACCCUCUUCUUCAUCUGAAAGAGAAAGAUUAGUCCAGCAUAUUAAAGAGCACACAAGUUCAGGAAUAUUAGAUUGUCUUUUCCACCAUAUUCCGUUGGAAAUCUGUGUUGCAUAUAGUUUAAAGAAGAAAGACACAGAACUACCUGCUGCACUAUCAGAGGCUGCUACAGCAGCAACACAAGCCAUCACAAGUCGUUCGAUUUUGUUCUCAGUAAACUCCCUUUGGCCUCUAGAACAAGAGAAAAUUGCUUCAAUUGCUGGUGCAAUUUUUGGUUUAAUGCUUUGUACUCUUCCUGCCUAUGUUCGGGAGUGGUUCGUCAAUAUACGCGACCGCUCUAUGUCAUCAGCAAUUGAGGCAUUCACGAAAAUCUGGUGCAGCCCGUAUUUAAUAGCAACCGAACUUUCUCAGAUAAAGAAAGCUAGCAUUGCAGAUGAGGACUUCUCCAUUAGCGUGAGCAAAUCAUCCAACAAGGUUGUUGCUACUUAUACAAAGGAUGAGACGGGGAUGGAUUUGGUGAUUUGUCUUCCGGCAUCUUACCCAUUGCGUGCCAUAGAUGUUGAUUGUGCUAGGAGUCUAGGCAUUAGCGAGAUGAAGCAGAGGAAAUGGUUAUUGUCUUUGUUGUCUUUUGUCUGUAAUCAGAAUGGAGCUCUAGCAGAAGCUAUACGUAUUUGGAAGAGCAAUUUCGACAUGGAGUUUAAAGGCGUUGAAGAAUGUCCCAUCUGUUAUAGUGUCAUUCACACGACUAACCAUAGUCUCCCUCGCCUUGCUUGCAAGACUUGCAAACACAAGUAUCAUUCAGCCUGCCUUUACAAAUGGUUCUCAACUUCUCACAAGUCAACUUGCCCACUAUGCCAGUCUCCAUUUCGAUCAUAAAACACUCCGAUUCGGUUUCUUAGUAAUAAGUUAUUCGAUCGAUCCCUGUUAUUUAUCUGUACCUAGCCAAAUAAUUAUUACUUAUUUUUGAAUCUCAAAUUUUUGAUUUGGUCCCAAUUUUGAAGUAGCAGAACUAGGGUUUUCAAAGAGAUAGAAGCUUGCAGUUUUUAAUUGAUUGUUUCCUUGUUGUUGUA